ACAAAAAAUGGUAUUUGCCACAUGAAUAUAUUUUUCAUAUUGGGAGAGCCUCCUCAAGGAGUCUAUGAGAUGCUCACUAAUCCAAGAAACAUAACUUACUUUAAUUUUGAUAAGCGUUGGAGACAACGUCUGGAAAACAAAUCAACAAAGGUUUUAAAGAAAGAUGGACCGAGGCAGGUCACGGAUGUAAGAAAAGCUCUAAGAUGGAAGUUCCUUUUGUGGUCUGGAACUAUUCCGAUUCAUCUAAUUAUCGACGAAAACCAUCAAAAACUUACGGCAAAAUAUACCAAAAAGAAAAAUAAAAUGACGUACAUGAAAGUGUUCGAGGGUAGCUGGAAAAUAGAGCCACUAUACGCAGAUUCAAAACGGUUAUGUAAGCAUCUUAAGCCGACGAAUGCAGAAGAAUACAAAAAAUGUAGCCACGGACAAGGAAGGAUUGCAUCAAAGGUGACAAUGGAGCAGAUCUUUCAACCUUCUUCUCUUCUUAAUGUGCCACCAGUUUCUUGGAUUAUCCGUUGGAUCACUAUCAAAGUCACCAAGAUUUUGCUAGAAGAUAUUAGACAAUUUAUCAUCGCUUGGCACAAUGGUGAAACGGCUACCUAA